AAAUUAAACAGAAGAAUGAUUGAAGUGGAACUUCCUAUCGGUGACUUAAAAGUCACUGAUAAAGCGAGCUUGACAACCACAAAAAUGGCGGCGAUUGGAAUGUGUGAAACACCCGGCUGCAAAUCAGUUGCACAAUUACAAUGUCCGACGUGUAUAAAAUUGGGUAUUCAGGGGUCAUUCUUCUGCAACCAGGACUGUUUCAAGAAAUCUUGGAAAUCGCACAAAAUUAUCCAUUCUUUGGCGAAGGGUGAGAGUACAGAUGGAUCGAAUGUGGAAUACAACCCGUGGCCUUCUUACUCGUUUACGGGGAAGCUGAGGCCUUUCCCCGCGGGCCCGAAGCGAACUGUGCCGCCUCACAUUGGCCGUCCUGACUACGCUGACCAUCCUACUGGUUUCCCGGCUUCUGAGAAUGCUGCCAAAGGUUCCGGACAGAUCAAAGUGUUGGAUGAUGAGGAAAUUGAGGGCAUGCGCGUCGCCUGUCGUCUGGGAAGAGAAGUUUUGGAUGAAGCUGCCAAAGUGUGUGAUGUUGGUGUAACUACAGAUGAGAUAGACCGUGUCGUGCACGAAGCUUGCAUCGAGCGUGAAUGCUACCCGAGCCCGCUGAACUACCACAAUUUCCCAAAUAGCUGCUGUACUUCGGUGAAUGAAGUCAUUUGCCAUGGAAUACCAGAUUUGCGUCCAUUACAGGAUGGUGAUGUUUGCAACGUUGAUGUGACAGUUUACCAUAGAGGAUUCCACGGUGAUCUCAACGAAUCAUUCCUAGUUGGCAAUGUACCUGAGAGCACACGUAAACUGGUGCAAGUUACGUACGAAUGUCUCAUGAAAGCUAUUGAUAUCGUAAAACCAGGAGAGAAAUACCGUGAGAUAGGAAAUGUUAUACAGAAACACGCUCAAGCCAACGGAUUCAGUGUAGUUCGGUCAUACUGUGGUCAUGGUAUACAUAGGCUGUUCCACACUGCACCAAAUGUGCCACAUUAUGCAAAGAACAAAGCGGUGGGUGUGAUGAAGCCAGGGCAUUGCUUCACCAUUGAACCAAUGAUCAACGAAGGCGGCUGGCGCGAUGAGCAGUGGCCGGACCACUGGACAGCUGUCACUGCUGACGGAUCACGUUCCGCUCAACACAACGAAAAUCUGCGUUGGCGCGUAGCCGCACCAAUGCAACGUGACAACUGCAGUUCGGACAUCUUUAUGC